GCGUAGUGAGAAUUGUUCAGACUUGCGCGCGUGUGUACCGUUUCACGCCGUUUAUAACGAGUGUCGGCACGCCGAAAAGGCGUCGUGACGCUUUGAAAGGCUCGCAAAUUUGUUCGUUUUCGGGUGGCGGGGGUUCAAUUGCCGAGAAACUGUGAGGCGACACCGAUUCUUCCGCGUUUGGGCUAGGCCUACGCAUAGGCCUAGCGCCCAAACGACAGCUCCCCUGCGCUGACGGGGUCGGUCGCCGGUGCUAAAGGAAAAAAAGAAAAAGAGUGCAGUGUGGUGUGCGGUGGGCGAGCGAUGGCCACACUCAGCCAAGGGAACAACUUUGCGUUUCACCAGUUCUCGAAAGACGUGGUCAAGUCCGAACCAUCGACGGAUAACUCUUGUGCCAAGGAUCCUCCGUCGACACCGCAGCAGCAGCAGCUCGAGCCGGGACAGGAUGUGGUCGCGGGGGCGAUGGAGCAACCUGCCGCCACCGCCGGCAGCGAGGCCGACUCGAGCCCCGUGAUCGACAUUGUGAUAAACAACGUGGUCUGCAGUUUCAGCGUGCGCUGCCACCUCAACCUGCGACAGAUCGCGUUGACUGCUUCCAACGUGGAAUAUCGACGCGAGAACGGCAUGCUGACAAUGAAGAUUAGGACGCCUUACACAACUGCCAGCAUGUGGUCCUCGGGAAAAAUCACCUGCACAGGUGCCACCAGUGAGGAAACUGCCAAGCUGGCGGCACGACGUUAUGCGCGCAUCCUCCAGAAGCUGGGCUUCCGGGUCAAGUUCAUGAACUACAGAGUGGUGAACGUCCUAGGCACCUGCACCAUGCCAUUUGCCAUCAAACUCAUUCCAUUCUCUCAAAACAACCGGGCUCUUGCCAGCUACGAGCCAGAAUUACAUCCCGGUGUCACGUACAAGAUCAAAGAUCUGAAGGCCACCCUAAAAAUCUUCUCCACGGGCAGCAUCACAGUCACAGCACCCAGUGUGGCCAACGUCCAACACGCCAUCGAACAGAUUUUCCCACUCGUCUACGAGUUCCGAAAGGAGCGAGGACCCGAAGAUGUGGCGCGCAUGGCGCUGCGUGCUCAGCGCAACGCCAACAACCGGCCAAAGCCGCGGAACCACCAAGCGCAUGCCAUCGCGGCCGUUGAGGAGGACUAUGACUCGCUCGAAGACGAAGAGCUAGACGAGGAGGAACUGAUGGACUACCCCGAUUCCGACGAGAGCUGGGACUAAGGAUAGACGACGAAGCACGGGUGUUUUUGUAGUAGCUUUUCUCUUCAGCGCCACCGAUUCCCCCGUCAACGUCGGAACCGACGUUCUCGCAGCGGAACCGCCGACGUCGCUACGGAGCAGGCCGCCGCAGCGUGCCUGUCGACGACCUCUCCCCUGGAGCGUGCGCGGCUUGUCUCGUGGCAGCUCUCUAGUCGUCACAAAACAUGCGUGGGAUGUGGCGGUGCACCACAACAUGUUUCUCUGGACUUCUGGGGGGGGUAGGGGGUUAAAAAAGAAUGAGUCGGAAAGAGUGUAUUUUGGAUGGCGGAGGUUGCUCCGUUGUCCUCCGCCUCCUCUGCCUGCGCUAGUGCAGUGCAUGUCCGAGCUGCCUUUUUUUGCGGAGCGUAGAAGGUGGCUCUUUUGCCCGUCCUUCUAGUCCGGCACUUCCUUCCUUCACGUCAAAGAAGCAAGGUUACGCGAGCGUGUUUCCGAGUUGUGACAGGCUCGUCUCCUCCACGUACAACAUGUCCAUCGUCCCCGACCCUCCUGUUCGUGUGCGUGUUACCUAGCCGUUGCAACUGUCUGCCCAGCUAUGUUGCCAUGUUCCCACAGCCCCAAGAUUUUCCUUGUUUAUUUUUACAUUUUUUUUUCUCUUCUUAUGGUCACGGCAUUAGGAAGGUUACCAGCGUUUUUGUUGAGUGGCUGUUGUAGCAGGGUGACCCCAUAUUUUAAGUUGAAAGGAGGGACACAUCUUUGUCGGUAGCAUCGGAACAAAGUGUCACUGAGAAUACGUGCUUGUGUUUGCACAACUGUCGCCCCCCGUCCCCAAAACCCCGACCCCCAUCCCUACCCGCGAGGAGCUAGUGGUUCCCCGAAACACCUGAACCAAAGUCAUCGUCAAGCCCGUGCAUGUCGAUGGGCCGAAUGCGCGGCAUCUGGUCUUAAAAAAAAAAAAGGAAACGCCACGGCGAGUGGUUCACCCCGACGUCGGUUGCAGGUAGAGCAAUAAUUUCAUUUGUUGCUACAACUGAGGGCCUCAUUAUUUUGCCGCCAACUAGAGGGAAAUACGCCUCAGGUGUGGAUUUAUUUUUCUUUUUUGUCCCCAAGAAGAGGACAUUGUGUUCACGUGCCCACUGGAGACUCUUGAAUGAGCAAACUGGAACUGCUUUCUGCAUUUUAAUGCGGGUGUUCUGCCAUGACAGGCGUGGAAAGCUUAAUUUUUUUUAUAUAUAUAGCAGUUGCCAUCUUUUGCUUGUGGGUGCAUUAGUGCUGUGGAUGCAUGUGUCGGUUGCAUGGACGUAGUAUGAGUCUUCUUUUUAAUUUGAGUGUCGGACCUUGUGAAAUAAACAUGCCUUUUUUUU